AUGUUCUCUGCCCGCAACCUCGUCCGAUCUGCGCCCCGCGCUGUCUCCCGAUUCUCAGGCGCUGCUCUGCGACAGACCGCCCGUCCCAGCGCCUUCACCAAGGCUGCUUCUGCCCUACGACCCGCCCGGGCUGGAUUCUCUACCACAAGCUUCCGCAAGGCCACUGAGAACGAUGGUGAGCUUAGCGCCAAGCUUGAGAGUGAGAUCAAGAUCGAGGAGGACAUCAAGGCCAGCGAGCAGGACCCUGCCAGCAUCAAGGAUUUCUUGAAUAACAGCGCCUUUGAACUCAUUGACACCCCCGGCCAGGAGAUUGUCAAGCUGGUUCGCGACUUUGGCGACGAGAAGAUCACCGUCAGCUUCUCCAUUGCCGACAUCACCAAUUACGACCCUUACGGCGAGGAGAGCGCACUCGAGGAUGAGGGUUUCGAGGAUGAGGGCACCCAGGGCAGCCAGCGUAACGCUCGCGCCAACGAGGAAAUCGAUGAGGAGCUCGAGGAGGAUGCUGAGGAGGAGAGCAACCCCCCUAUCAACCUGUCAAUUGUUGUCGAGAAGCCUGGCAAGGCCUCUGGAGCCCUGAACAUCGAUGCCAGCGCCCAGGAAGGACACAUUGUUGUCGAGAACCUCUUCUAUUACACCGACGCCUCGGUCGCCAAGGUCGAGAGCCCCGACGCCGCCCAGAAGCGUGCUGAUGUCUACCCCGGACCUCCAUUCGGCAGCCUCGACGACGACCUCCAGGUCCUCAUGGAGCGCUUCCUCGAGGAGCGUGGAAUCACUCAGGCCCUCGCUGUCUUUGUUCCCGACUACGUGGACGUCAAGGAGCAACGAGAGUACACCCGGUGGUUGAACAACGUCAAGGCUUUCAUUGAUGCUUAG